CUGUCUCUGCUGCGCAUGUAUUUGUCCCCUCCUGACGUCCACUGCCUUGGGCCAAUCAAAAUGGAGCUGUUGGAGCCACAGGCCAAUCUAAUGGCAGCCUUACAUGUCCUGGAGCUGCACCACAGCAAGCUGAAUACCACUAAGGCCAUCGACCUGCUGCCAGCCAACACUCAGAUCAGAGAAAUCCGUGUGUUCCUAGAGAGUGUUCUGGAGGAGAAGGCUCAGAGGAAACGCUUUGACCAGGUGCUCAAGAGUCUGCUGCAGGCCGAGUUCCUACGGGUCCAGGAGGAGCGUAUCUUCCACCAACAGGUGAAGUGUAUCAUCACAGAGGAAAAGACCUGCAGGGUCUGUAAGAAGAAGAUAGGAAACAGCGCCUUCGCCAGGUAUUCCAACGGUGUUGUAGUUCAUUACUUCUGCUGUAAGGACCGAGGAGUGUGUCCUACGGAGCAGUGACGCAGCUAUCGCCCCCGUUUGGACGCAAAGCACUCUGGGAUACUAACAGAGCAGACCGCCGUGUACUAAAAUGACAGAAUUGUUCCCUCCUGUGGACUACAUGUUCCUAGCAGCACCCCGGGAAGGCUGGUUUGAAACGACAUCACAGCAGCUGGGAUGUUCAGGAGGAGAGGACUCCUCCAUCUCUGGAACUCUCGCGGCUUCUCUCUGGAACUCUAGCGGCUUCUCUCUGGAACUCUAGCGGCUUCUCUCUGGAACUCUAGCGGCUUCUCUCUGGAACUCUAGCGGCUUCUCUCUGGAACUCUAGCGGCUUCUCUCUGGAACUCUAGCGGCUUCUCUCUGGAACUCUAGCGGCUUCUCUCUGGAACUCUAGCGGCUUCUCUCUGGAACUCUAGCGGCUUCUCUCUGGAACUCUAGCGGCUUCUCUCUGGAACUCUAGCGGCUUCUCUCUGGAACUCUGGAACUGCUACCAGCUACCUAUUCUGCCCCUCAACCCCAGCUACCUAUUCUGCCCCACAACCCCUGCUACCUGUUCUGCCCCACAACCCCUGCUACCUGUUCUGCCCCACAACCCCUGCUACUUGUUCUGCCCCACAACCCCAGCUACCUAUUCUGCCCCACAAACCCAGCUACCGGCUACCUAUUCUGCCCCACAAACCCAGCUACCGGCUACCUAUUCUGCCCCACAAACCCAGCUACCGGCUACCUAUUCUGCCCCACAAACCCAGCUACCGGCUACCUAUUCUGCCCCACAAACCCAGCUACCGGCUACCUAUUCUGCCCCACAACCCCAGCUACCUGCUAAACUACAGUACCACUCCCUCUCUCUCUCUCUCUCAUCCUCAGACUUUACUCAGUACGCUACAGAGACUACAUAGACUAACUCUUCUUCUCUGAUGACUUGUGUGACUUAAGAAUGUACUUAAAAGCCAUUUUCUUUUCAGUUAGCGUGUGUUUCUGAGGGAAUUGUUUUCAGUUAGCGUGUGUUUCUGAGGGAAUGGUUUUCAUGUUUUCAGUUAGCGUGUGUUUCUGAGGGAAUGGUUUUCAUGUUUUCAGUUAGCGUGUGUUUCUGAGGGAAUGGUUUUCAGUUAGCGUGUGUUUCUGAGGGAAUGGUUUUCAUGUUUUCAGUUAGCGUGUGUUUCUGAGGGAAUGGUUUUCAUGUUUUCAGUUAGCGUGUGUUUCUGAGGGAAUGGUUUUCAUGUUUUCAGUUAGCGUGUGUUUCUGAGGGAAUGGUUUUCAUGUUUUCAGUUAGCGUGUGUUUCUGAGGGAAUGGUUUUCAUGUUUUCAGUUAGCGUGUGUUUCUGAGGGAAUGGUUUUCAGUUAGCGUGUGUUUCUGAGGGAAUGGUUUUCAGUUAGCGUGUGUUUCUGAGGGAAUGGUUUUCAUGUUUUCAGUUAGCGUGUGUUUCUGAGGGAAUGGUUUUCAGUUAGCGUGUGUUUCUGAGGGAAUGGUUUUCAGUUAGCGUGUGUUUCUGAGGGAAUGGUUUUCAGUUAGCGUGUGUUUCUGAGGGAAUGGUUUUCAGUUAGCGUGUGUUUCUGAGGGAAUGGUUUUCAGUUAGCGUGUGUUUCUGAGGGAAUGGUUUUCAUGUUUUCAGUUAGCGUGUGUUUCUGAGGGAAUGGUUUUCAGUUAGCGUGUGUUUCUGAGGGAAUGGUU